AUGUUGGAAGGGAAAUCUUAUAGGGUGAAGUUUCCAUGGAUUGGUGUUGUGAAUCAAUCUCAAGCUGAUAUUAACAAAAGUGUUGAGAUGAUUGUUUCCCGGAGGAUGGAAUGGGAAUACUUCAAUAUUAUUCCAGAAUACAAGCAUCUUGCUUGUAAAAUGGACUCUGAGCGUCUAGGAAAAGUUCUUUCCAAGUUACGAAGAGGGCAAAUGUUGACCAUACAAAUCCACCUCCUAUAG